CAGCGGGCGGCGCGGAGCGAGUGCUGGAGGCGCAGGCCGACGGCGGGGCGUUGCGCAGUGGGGAAGAUGAGAGGCGCGGAGCUGCUGUGGGGCGGCGUUGUCGUGCAGCCCCGGGACUGAUGCAGAAGGUCAACAAGAACGCGGUGCUGGCUGUGCUGAGCCUGACCAGCCUGGUGUUCCUCCUCUUCCAGCUCUACUACUACAAGUUCUACCUGUCGCAGAAGAAUGGAGCAGUUUUUUCAAAAGCCAGAGGAAGCCAGUCCGGCCAAGACAACACUAGAUGGCAUGUGGUUAGGAAAUUCCUAGGCUUAAUAUCCAGUCACAAUAUACCAGUGUAUUUGAUUGAUCCUUUAAUUCUGGGACUUAUUGAUAAAGACAUUGAACAGAUCAGAAGUUCUUCUGAUGGUCCUAGUCCAGAAUGCAAGUACUUCUGUGCUCCAAGAGACUUCACUACAUUUGCACUACUGGACAAAGCGUGGAAACAUGAAGUGGGACUUUUUAGAACCGCUGAGAAGAUGGGGUUCCAGUGGCUAAAGGUUCUAAACAAGGACCCUCGCUUGGAUGGGAUGGAUGACCUGUCUGGCACUGAAAUUCCCUUGCACUACAUUUUUAAACUGGCGUCUCAUGCCAUUCACCUGGUAGUGUUCUAUGAGAGGAGUGGUAAUUUCCUCUGGCAUGGCCCCCUAAGGCUCAAGCAACAUAUGGACAGAAAAUUUGUGUCUUUCCGGAAGCUCCACUUUGGUCGCUAUCCUGGAGCGUAUGAAAGGCCUGAACUUCUGCUUGUUUCUAUUGAUGACUUAAAAGUUCAAAUUCCAAAAAAUCCAUCCAGUUUUCUAGAAGAGAUGUCACACUCUAGAUUUCUUGAAUGUAGGUACAGAGAAGCUCGGGCUUUCUUUCAGAUGUAUCCUGAUGAUGCCUCUGUUGAUGCAGUGGAAUUCAGAAAAAGAGCAAAAUCCUUGUUGCAUUUAGCUGCCCUGACACUGAAUAACUUGGGAGUAAAGUUCUGGCUGAGCAGUGGAACGUGCCUUGGAUGGUAUAGACAGUGCAGUGUCAUUCCUUACAGCAAAGAUGUGGACCUGGGGAUCUUUAUAAGGGACUACAAAGCUGAUAUCAUCCCAGCCUUUCAGAAAGCAGGAUUACCUUUAAAGCACAAAUUUGGCAAGGUAGAAGACAGUUUGGAACUCUCUUUCCAGGGAGAUGAUGAUGUGAAACUUGAUAUUUUUUUCUUCUAUGAAGAAGAUGACUACAUUUGGAAUGGCGGAACUCAGGCGAAGUCGGGCAAGAAAUUUAAGUAUCUCUUCCCGAAGUUUACUCUGUGCUGGACUGAAUUUGUAGAACUCAAGGUCCAUGUACCCUGUGAGACCCUGCAGUAUGUUGAAGCCAACUAUGGCCCAGACUGGAAGGUUCCUGUCAAGACGUGGGACUGGAAGAACUCACCAUCCAACGUGCAGUACAACGGUGUCUGGCCUGUCGAUGAAUGGGAUGAAGUCAUUCAAAUCUACUGAGCGUCUCUUUGCUCCCAGAAAGUGUCUGGUAUCCUUGAAAUUGUCAGCCUGUAAUUUCCUGUCUCCCAACUGCUACUUUUGUAUCUCCUCAUCUGUUUCCUGAAGAGACAGUUUCCAUUUUUUGCAGAUAAUUUUACAUGUUCAUUGUGAGUUGUCCACAUAGUUAAAGAUUAAAGGCAGAUUGUGGAAACUAAGGAGAAGAAAAGCCUAAAGUAGAAGUGUACAAAAUCUUUCAGUAAGUGUAUGGGCAGUUGACUAUAAAAGCAAAACCCAUGGCCAAGCUUCUUGAUCUGGGGAUCAUCAAAACCUUGGGACCAUUCACUUCUCAAGAAAGAUAGGACGGAAAACCCUUAAGUUAUUCUGGUUUUGUUUGUUUGUUUGUUUGUUUUCUGAGGAGCUCACAUGGAUUUACAAUUCUUAAACAUGCAAUCUGUGAGUCUCAUAAAUGCAUUUAAUUUGAGAUUGAUGUAUUGCUACAGUAUGUGAGGGGGUUGCCUCUUGGGAUGAAAUGUUUUAAUUCAGAACCUGCGUGACCCCCCUGCUCUGCAAGUGUUGUGUUCUGAUGUAAUAUUAAGUGAAGGAAGAAUCAAAAGCACAAUCUGCAUCAGAGAUCUUAAAGACAGUUGGGUUUUUUUUUUCAGGAACUAAUUACAUGUAUUAACAAUGGGGAAUGUUAGGUGUUUAUUUCUCUUUUUUAAAAACUUGGGGGCGUAUGUUGCAGGAAAGUAUUUCCCAUUAAAAUACACCACCUGGUUUUGAUGUCCCAAUUGGUGUUCCCUCUGUAGGAGCUGAGCAGACUUUAAAGGGUCAUAUCUAUCACUGCUCUUUAGAAAUGAGGGAAUUGAUACUUUUCUGUUAAACAGGGGCUCACAGAAGGUCAGUAUGAAUCAUAGCUCUUUUCGUAAGUGUGAACAGAAGUGUGUACAAAUACCGACUGCUCCAUCAAAUCUGCAACAGCAUAAUUGCAAAUGAAGUGCAAGUGUAUGCUAGGCUGUGACUGGGAAAGGUGCAGGCCUGACAGCUCUCAUUUUUGGUCACGUUUUUGGUCAGCAAAAUAAGCUUUUUUGUUUUCUGUUUUGGAGAGGGAUAAUAACUUUCAUAUGAACUUGUGCUCAUAUGAAAUGAGCAGGAAUUUUCCAGUCCUGCUGUGCAGGGAAGAUGAGACCAUUAGUGUUACUGGUGAUAUGUAUGUGAUACAGAUCCAGGGUUACUUAUGAACUAGUAUCAAGGUACUAAACAUUUGUCUUGUUUCCUUGCAACAGAUCUAGAUUCCCUCUUUUCUUAUGAAAGUAGAAGGGCUAUCAUCGAUCUGCAGCUCUUCUACAUGGCAAGACUGAGUGUGUGGUUUGCAUUCUGUUGGUGUGCAAUGUUCAGUUCUGUAUUCAGAUACAUACAGUUCUGAAGAGAUGAAAAGGCCAUUGCUGUGGGGCUGUUCCAGCACUGUAUGCAGGUGCACUCUGGGUCUUCCUUGCAGUUUUCAUCCUGGAGCAUGUGGCAUACAUUUCCCUGCUAGCUCUCUGUGUUCCAGAGUUCUCCUGCCACCGAGGCACUGGAGUGAAUUAUACAGCUUCCAACAAAAGCUUGUCUUGUUGUUCUGAAGUGGUACUGUAACUUUGCCUAAUUAAGAAGAACAAGAUGUGAAAUCCUACUCUUGCCAUUUACUUGCAAACAUAAACGUUGCAUCUUAAGGGAUAAUUUCUCAGGUAUAUAUUAUUUUGUAUUUUGUUCUUUAAAAUGGAAAAAGCCAACUCCUCAUGAUUUUAGUGCCCAGAACUCUGUUGUCACUGACUUCUGUACUAAAAGGUGUACAAUCAGCCUGCAAGUUUUACAACUACGAUAUUCUAAGAGUCAAAGGACAGAUUCUAUCAGAAAGUUGUAAUCCUGUCAAAUUUUUGACUUCACAGAUGGAAAGAAUUUGUAAUGGAAAAAAUGCAUGUCCCUGAGAGCGGAUCUCUGAAAUAUUUGAUGAUAACUGUAUAUAAGUUAUUCAAGUUAAAAUAUUUUCAGAAGAUACAAAUAAAUAUUUAACACUGAUUAGAAGAAUGAGAUUCUAAUUUACUGCUCAAGUUGUGGUUUCAUGCUUUAUUUUGUCAUCUCGGGCAACAUUUUUAACACAGUCAUUGUAAUUACUGUGAAAUAUUGGAAAAGUAAAAAUUUUGAGCUGUUUCUUACACAGCUUACUUACUGUUUAUUUUGAGCUGUUAAUUUUUAAUAAACUUGAUGAGAAUUCAGCUAUGCCAAAUCUGAUUUGGCAUUCUGAUUGA